UUGGUGGCCCUGUGUGAGACCAGGACCGUGUCCCUUGCAGGUUGGUGGCUGGUGGCAGCAAGCAGUGCACAGGAAUUGCCCCGACCUUCCCUGUCGCUGCACCCCAGCCAGGGGGUGUCCCUGGGGGACAAUGUCACCCUGCGCUGCCACCUGCCCCGGGUGCAAGCCUGGGUCCAGCUCUGGUUGAAUGGAAUUCUGAAAUCUAACAAGGAAAAAGACAAGGAGCAGGAUACGGCUGAGUUCUCCUUUGAUGUCACAAACCUGGAAGAUGCAGGGACGUAUCAGUGUCGGUACCAGGUGUCAGAGCCACUGUGGACAUCAGAGAGGAGUGAUCCUGUGAAGCUGGUGCUGACAGGUGCUGAGGUGUCAUCCCGUGGGAACCUGAUGGUGGCGGUGGUGAGGCACUGCACUGCUGCCCUCAUCUUCA